GCGGCUGCGGGGGGGAUCCCCUCAGACUGCACCGUCCCCGGCCCCAGCUAGGCCCUGGGUGGGAGCGAAGGGCGGUGUGAGGACAGGGCCGGGCCCGGGGAGCAGCCAGAGGCCUGGCGCUUCCGAGGUAAACGAACAAGCUGUCUGAGGUUAGCCCACCGGCGUGUUACCUCCACGCCUGGAUGUGGGUGAGGAACGUGCUCGUUCCCCCGGGAGAAGGCAGUGACGCCAAUGCGUGUGGCGGAACUUUGGGUUUGUGAGCGCUUUUCAAGCGUCCCUGUGAAUAAAAGUUAAAAACGGCAAGUGAUGGGAGCGGGGCCUGCAGCCCCCUGGGCUGACUGGGCCUGAAGGUGCCGGCACUGGGCAGAACCGGCCGCUGGCAGCCCUCCCUGAGGUGGUGCUGGUGGCAGGUUCCCCUCCAACGACACAUCCCAGAGUGCAGUUUUAGGCUCAGGGGUGAAGGAUCUCCAUCUCCAGGAGGACCCAGCUGUCUCCAGAACGCUGCGAGCUCACCUCAAAAAGUCCUGCCGAUGGUACUCCAAGAAGACCUGUUUUAUCUGUCAGUGCAAGAAAAAUUAAAGAUAAUGCAGCAGACUGGCACAAUUUAAUGAUGAAAUGGGAGAGACUGAAUGAUAAUGGAUUUACUACAGCAAACAAAAUAGUCAACAUGAAGAUCAGUGAGCAAUUUCAAGACAACAAACUGGAGAUAGCGUGUGAUAACAGUGCCACAGAAUCUGAAAAGCCGACUCCAAAAUACAAUGAAGAACUGGACAAUUGCUGUGCAGAAUUACUUGAGACCUUAAAGUGUAUGACAAAAAUACAACUGAAAAUGGAAAAGCUUACUUCGACUGCUAAAGCAAUCUGUGACUUGGAAGCAUUCCACCACAGAGCUGGGAAUUGCACAGCACCCUUCUUUCAUACAUGGCCCACACCAUACUUCUAUGAGGUUUCUCUGAAGCUCUCUGAAAUGUACAAGAAGGAACUACAACUCAAGCAAACAAUUGUCCAAGAAAUUGCUCAUUCUGCUGACCAGGAUCUGAUGAUGGUCUAUUUAUCAUCGUGGUUAUACCAGCCCUACAUUGAAAACAGCAGCAAACUGCUCCUUGAAGCCAUGCUGCUGGAAACAGGACACAGACAGUGCUAGAAUUUAAAACGUUACCUGGCUUCCUUCUACUGAUGUUUGCGUGGAACUGAAAUGGCAAACUGCAAGGCUUACUAAGUUGAGUUUUUGUAAAACUUAUUAAAAAUAUUUUUCUCCAUUUGUAUUUAUAA